GAUAAUGGUCAAAUGGUGUGUAUCUCUUUGUAUAAUGCUUCUUGUUUAUGUUCUCUUUUCCUGAAAGUAGAACUCUGUAAUCAUCCACACAGAUAAACCCUAAUUUGUUUUUCAAAGCCAAAUUCAGAAGAAAACUAUCAGUUUACUCAAGCAUCUGGUCAGGGCUUGGAUCUGCGCGUAUGGAAGCAGGUUUCUCGCAUCAAACGCAAAGCAGCUGGAAAAGGGUUCGACUGGGAGUAAGCAUUGCCCUUCCAAUCAGGUACCACCUUUGCGGGAUCAUUGAGACAAACCUUUGCAUCUUUUAUCUGUGUGAUAUUUUUGGACAUGUGAAACAACAUUUUCGGAAGUGAACUGGGGCUGAACUCUGAAUAUCGCUGCAAUAGUUAUGGAUUCUUCUAUAGUUGUGGGUAGCUCAAUUUCCGAGCCUCAUCAUGAGAUGGAAUUUGAAUCUCAUGAAGCUGCAUAUGCAUUUUACAAAGAAUAUGCUAAGUCUGCAGGGUUUGGCACUGCUAAGCUGAGCAGCCGGCGAUCUAGGGCAUCCAAAGAAUUUAUUGAUGCCAAAUUUUCAUGUAUAAGAUAUGGUAAUAAGCAGCAAUCUGAUGAUGCAAUUAAUCCACGCCCUUCUCCAAAAAUUGGUUGUAAAGCUAGUAUGCAUGUAAAGAGAAGGCAAGACGGUAAAUGGUAUGUCUACAGCUUCGUGAAGGAGCAUAAUCAUGAACUUUUACCAGCUCAAGCUCAUUUUUUUCGGAGUCACAGGAGUUCUGAUCCACUAGGUAAUGAUGUUCGAGUGCGUAGGCGAAAAACCUCAAAUGCAGUUUCUAAAUUAUUUAGUGCAUAUCAGAAUGUUGAUUGCUUAGAGAACUUUGUGAAACAUCAACAUGAUAAAGGACGGAGUUUGAUUCUGGAAGCAGGACAUGCUCAAUUACUUCUUGAGCUCUUUAUGCACAUGCAAGAAGAGAACCCAAAAUUCUUCUAUGCAGUUGAUUUGAAUGAAGAACAUCGACUAAGAAAUGUGUUCUGGGUUGAUGCUAAAGGCUUGGAAGAUUUUACAUACUUUUCUGAUGUUGUCUCUUUUGACACAACAUAUUUUACUAGCAAAUAUAAAAUACCAUUGGUACUUUUCCUUGGAGUAAACCAUCACAUUCAACCAACAUUGCUUGGUUGUGCAUUGAUUGCUGAUGAGACAAUAUUUACCUAUGCUUGGUUACUGCAAACAUGGCUGAUAGCAAUGGGGGAGCGAGCACCACAAGUGCUUCUGACUGACCAAAAUGACGCUAUUAAAGCAGCUGUUGCCACUUUUCUUCCAGGAACACGCCAUUGUUUUUGUUUGUGGCAUAUUUUGGAAAAGAUACCAAAGCAACUACAAAUUUUAGGCGCAUGGCAUGAUAGCUUUAUGGAAAAAUUUAACAAAUGUAUAUACAAAUCAUGGAAUGAGGAGCAAUUUGAAAAGAGAUGGUGGAAGUUGGUUGACAGCUUUAGCCUUGGAGAUGUUGAGUGGGUUCGAUCCUUAUAUGAUGACCGCACAUAUUGGGUGCCAACAUUUAUGAAAGAUAUUUCCUUUGCUGGCUUGUCUACUAGUUCUCGUUCUGAAUGUUUAAAUUCAUUGGUUGACAAGUAUAUCCAUGUUGAUUCUUCUUUGAGAGAAUUUAUAGAACAAUAUAGAGUGAUUCUUGAAGAUAGGCAUGAAGAGGAAGCCAAAGCAAAUUUUGAUGCCUGGCAUGAAACACCUGACCUGAAGUCUCCUUCCCCUUUUGAAAAACAAAUGCUGUUGGUCUACACACAUGAAAUUUUUAGAAAGUUCCAGGUUGAGGUGUUGGGUGCAGCUGCUUGCCAUCUUAAGAAAGAAAGUGACGGCGUGACUACUGCUUAUACUGUGAAAGAUUUUGAAAAUAAUCAAAACUAUUUGGUAGAAUGGAACACGUCCAGCUCAGAUAUAUGCUGUUCAUGUCGUUUGUUUGAAUAUAAAGGUUAUCUCUGCAGACAUGCUAUUGUUGUUCUACAAAUGUCUGGUGUUUUCAGCAUUCCACCAAAGUAUAUAUUGAAAAGAUGGACAAAUGCUGCUAUGAGCAGGCAUCCUAUUGGUGAAAAGUUGGAAGAGGUUCAAUCAAAGGUGCGGCGAUUCAAUGAUUUGUGUAGGCGGGCCAUUAUAUUAGGCGAAGAAGGUUCUUUAUCACAGGAAAGUUACUACAUGGCCUUAGGUGCCAUCAGUGAGGCACUAAAACAAUGUGUAAAUUUUAGCAACCCUGUUGAGAAUGGUAUGAGACCUGAUUCCUCAGGUACCCAUGUUUGUAAUGUUGAAGAAGAAUAUCAAUCUAUUAUUACAUCUAACAAUAAGGCCCCUGGUCCGAAACUGAAUAUGGGAAAGAAAGCUGUGAGAACUGGUGUACCUUGUAGGAAUCAAGGAAGUAUUGAAAACAGUGGAGGCGAUAAAGGAAAGGUAUCUCUCGUUGAAGCAGGUAGUGGGAAAGAUGGUUUUCAACAUAUGGAGCUUACUGAUCCGAGAUCACAGGGUGUCAUGCCAAUGCAGUUUCACAACGUGGUACCUUCUCUGUUCCAUAAUGUUUCGGCCCCAUUUCACACUACACCUUCACCUCAUAUGCACGAUAAUCGUUAGCGUGAUGAUAAUUUGCUUUUAAAUGGAUCUGGAAACCGUGCACAGGGCUGUACAUAAGAACUGGCACUAUUCAAAGGCACUAUACUUCUCACUUUAUGCUAUGUGUUGCAGAGAGGCCAGGUGGCAGUUGAAUGUAAGAGAGUUAGUGCUAACUUGAGUAUCCUUAUAUUCUAAAUAAAGGUAGGCUCAACAUCAAUGGUCAAUCUAGUUGGUUUUUCUUUCUUUUCUUUUUUCUUUUUGGUUGUUAGGUUGAACUUUGACGCAAUGGAGUUAACUCAAGAUUAUCUUAAAA